AUGACUGAAAAUUUGACAUUUCGUCGAGCUGAAGUUACUGAAAGUGCUCUGAGAANUUGGUUCGAUGAAGUCACUAAUUAUUUAAAUUCUAAAGAACUAUCAAAUAUUGCAUCCGAAAGAAUUUUCAAUUGUGAUGAAGCGGCUUUUCUACUUAAUCCUAAAGAUUCAUCUGUAUUGGCAGAAAAAGGGCAAAAAUAUGUAUACAAGGUAGUUGCUGGUAUACUAGCUCCACCUUUGGUACUAUUCUCUUACAAGCGGAUACCAAAUUAUAUAGCAUCAAAAUUGCCAGAUGGUUGGAGCUGUGGCAGAUCAGAUAACGGAUGGAUGGUCGCAGCCAAUUUUUAUGAAUAUAUUACAAAUGUAUUCCAUCCAUGGCUUAUCCGAAGCGGAAUACCUUUUCCAAUAAUACUUUAUUUGGAUGGUCAUACUUCACAUUUGAUAAAAUAUUUGAGCGAUUUUUGCACCACACAUGGAAUAGAGCUAAUUGCUUUGUAUCCCAAUGCAACACAUAUUCUUCAGUCAAUGGAUGUGUCAGUAUUCAAGCCUAUAAAAAUGAUUUGGAAAACUACUGUUAGUAAAUAUCGUAUAGAAAAAAAGCAAUCAGCUGUGACGAAGGAAGACUUUGGAUUAUUGUUAAAUAAUGCUUUAGACACUGUUCAGAUAUCUAAAUGCCUACAAAAUGGGUUUCGAAUUUGCGGUUUAUAUCCACUCAAUGCAAAUGCUGUUGAUUAUUAA